UAUCGCGGAUGCAUCCGUGCCAAUCACCGAAGCACAUGGAUGCGACCAACGGGCAGAAGCUCCAAGCGGGGCAACCUUCACCUGGAGGAGGACCUGCCUCUGAUAAGGGCAAGGAAUGGCAAAUGGAGUUUCUGAUGGAAAAAUUGCGUUCCAAGUCUUCCACAUAUAAACCCUUGGUGGAAACAGCUAAGAACAUGCGUAUGGCCAUGCUAGACAAGCGAUUCGCGAUCGACAGCAUAGAGAAGAAUCAAUUGCAGAAAUGUUUGGACACUCUGCAGCAUUCUAUCAAGGUUACUUCCUUCCAGUCUAUGGUAGAGCGUUUAGAGAGCUUAGCAAGGCAGUUAGGAUUAAAGUUCAUGAUGUCUGGUCCUCCAGGCACGGAAAUAUUCAUAUCCUCUGACAUGUUCUUCUUGGAGGUCUUGUUAGAACCUCCGUCAGGACUUGUUAGGGAUGUUAAAAUCCAUCAUGAGGGAAAAAGUGAACAACAGAGUUGCGAAGCGCUUGCCUCGGCUCUGUCGCGCGGUGACUUCGUCGAUUUCACCACACAGUUAGAAGGACUGGCUUCGAUCUAUCAGCUGAAUGCCGAUAAGAAAGUAAAAUGCAAGGCAUUCAGCGCUCUGCAAUCCCUCGAGGCUGACCUGGGUGUUCUGGCACAGCUGCAGACAUUCAUGAAAGAACCGUUUAAUCUGGUUCACAAGAGUCCCGUCGGAAUCCUAGAAAGAAGAAGAGGCGGUCAUCCAAUGAAAUUGACAUAUUUUGUGUCGCCGUACGAUUUAAUAGACGAAGAAAAUCGAACUUAUGACACUUUGAAUCCUGAUACUAUUAUUAAAAGAAAAAUCGGACAUUCAGUGACUGUUUGUAUGGAAGGUUCAACGGGUCACAAGUUGCCUACUUCUAGUAUUAUAACUGUAAACCGAAGUCCCACAGGCAAGAGCACUCCUUCAUAUGCUCCCCUGACUAGUACAAAUUCCUCCAUGCUGCCUGCCUGUUUUGUGCUGAAGCUCGUCAAGAAGAUGCCUAUUUGCAUGGAGUUGGUGAAGAGGAUACAGAAAGUCACGGAGCUCGAAUGCGGCGACAUCUCCGCGCCACAUCCGUUACUUAGUCUGAUAAUACAACAUGCAAGCGACGGUCAGCUGGAUUGUCGGAACAACAGAGGUUUAUAUGUGACCUUGCCGGAUCAACAGCAUUGUUACUUCAUGACGGAAAACAAGAAUAUGGAGGGUGUGCUGGUGUGUAGUAUCCCAUUUACGCAUCCCGCACAUGUUCCACAGAUUUUGGUAUACCUUCGGCAGCAGGCGCUGUUCAAUUGUCUAAUUGCGAGUUGCGUGCGGCCGAUGGCACGCCAGGAUCCGGAACAUACUACUAUACUCGAGGUAAGCGCCCUUUCGUGGCAACACAUCAGCGUGAGCGUGGAGCAUCCGUACGAGGAGACAAUGGCCACCGCAGAACUGGACUUGACGGACAUAUCAACGCUUAAAUGCCGGUUAUACGGCGUGAGUAUGACAACGAACGCGGAGCAGACAUCGGAUCUCAGUGGUAGGGUGCUACAACGUUGCCUCAGCAUCCCGUUAACCAUGCGAAUGCUGCUGAAGAUCUGGGAGGGUCGUUCCUUGCCCGCGGUAAUGAACAGUUUAACCAGCGGCAGUGGCAGUAGUAAUGGUAGCUACAAUCUCAAUUUAGGAUCCGGUAAUAAAGAUCAGACCGGACAAAACGCGUCCGGUACCGCGUCCGAUGCCGGAACGGAAAAUAGUAUCGGUUUUCCGUCGUAUUCCGGCCAAUCCGAUACGACGACGAUGACGAUGAGUACUACUGGAACGAACAAUACUUCUACUUCUAUGUUGAACCCGUUACAGCUUGGUGCAUUGCUGGGACAACCAAAAAACUCCCUAACUAGUAACUCAAAUACGAAUGAGCGUGGCAAGAAGACGCGUAAAAGAAAGACUGGCACGGACGGUCUUUGGCGUAGUCCCAAACGAAAAAACGACGGCGGAGAUAGUACCGCAACGGAAAUCCUGCUGGAGAGUUCAAGUUCAGAAAAUUCAACACCACUGGGAACGCCUACGAGUCGAGAGAAUCUUGCGUCAGAGACCAGAACGUCUACACCAACUUCAGCUACUAGUUUAACAAGCGGUAUGGAUUUUUCAAAUUUGGAUACUACCGAUAUACUCGAUAAGAGUACUUCAGAUUACGAUCUCGACAAUUCCGAGAAAGAUAGUGAGAUCAUGGAAGUGCAACACACUAGUGUAGAGCAACAGCAGCAACAACCGCAACAAGACGUAGAGGAAUUGAUAAAGAUACGCGAAUCCUCAUCGACACGCAAGUCUAAAAAAAAUCGAAGUAGUGGUGGUAGCGAGGACAAGAAGUCGAGCCCAACGAAUAUAUUUGUUGACGAGACAUCGACAACGAAUAGUAGUAACAAAGGUCUGCCGGUACCACCAUCAGUAAGUAUCACUCCAAUUUCGUGUGGUAAUCUGGAUCAAGCGAGCACCACCAACUAUAACUCCGUACUGACUGGUAUGGGUUUGGAAAGGAGACCUGGCAUCGAGAUCAUACCCAUCGCCUCGUCGCCGUCGCAGACUAAUCUACCGAGCUCAAUUACCAUCACGCCGAUUGCCGGUCCAACAUCGUCUCCGAAAACCAGCGGUCUAACGAGUGCAACGGAAGAUCGGCAGCGAAGCGAACGGAAAAGUGGUGGUGGAAAAAGCAGCAGCAGCAGCAGUAGUAAAAGCAGUUCUGAGGAUAUCAAGAGUGGUGGGAACAAACUGGAGAAACGGCGCAAACGUAAACGGGAGGACGGUGGUCCGAUGGGUCCACCGGAAAAAGUUCCAUCGAGUGGCAAACAACAGGAUCCACUCUCGAAACCAGUGUCAGUGAGCAUCAAACCGAGCCCCGAGCAAUCACCACCGAGUGGUGGUAGUACUGGUGUUGGUUUGAGCUGCUCAUCUUCGCGGCCUACUUCGCCCGCAGCUGUAAGGAAGUUCAGUCCGUCACCCACACAUUCCAGUUCGCUCGCCACGCUUGUAGGUAAGUCCAGUCCUACUUUGAAGGCUGGUCAGUCGGCAGCAGCAACCUGUGGCAAACCAGUACAAAGCCCGAAGCACUCACCCGUUUACGGCAGUAGUCCGAAGCACAACGCGCCGAAUGUCUCAGUGGUUCCUAUGUCGGUUCCGAUGUCGCUAUCUGUGUCCACGGUGCCUAACACAGUAGGCAACGUGCCGUCCGUAGCGGUGUCUGUUCCAGUCCCGGUACCUGCUAGCGCGAGCCCGAAACAUGGUAAUACUUCGUCUCCGAAACAUGGUAGCUCGGCCGCGAGUAGUGGCAAACCUAGCAUGUCCGCCCUAAAAUCAGCGGCAAAUUCGCCAUCUAGUAAGACCAGCAGCAGUAGUUCUUCCGACUCAACAACGACCUCAUCCAAAGUCAAGUCUUCUUCGUCGUCCUCCAGUAAGGAUUCCUCCGGUCGUGGGGAUAAAGACAGACGAACAUCAUCCGUCAGUUCAUCCGGCGGUUCAGGUGGUGGCCAUCAGAGUCCCAAGACCAAGUCCUCUAGUGGUAAGAUGAAGCAGCUAGAGAUGAUCUCCCCCAGUAGCGAAGCUCAAGUCUCGUCUCUGCAAGCUUCUGGCGGAAGCACUCCACCAUCUGGUCAGGUCGAUGCAGCGAGCAAAUCCGCAAUCGCAGCCCAGCAGGCGCGGAAUCGCAAGAGUUCUCUCAACGCCGUGAUCGAUAAGUUGAAGAAUGCGCAACAUUGUACCGAAACGGAUGUUUGUGGGAACGGUGGCAGUAACGUGAAAGGUAGUGGAUCCUCUGGCCUUAGCGGUACUGGUGGAAUGAGUAGCGCUGGACAAAAGGAGAAGAAUAUUGGCGGCGGUGGCUCGUCGUCGUCAAGUGGAGGGAAGACUAUUGGUGAAGGAGGAAAGUCUUGUGUUACCAAAAAUGCGUCCGUAGAUACGAAGAAUCCUGCCGAAUAUAUGGUGAAGCACAGCUCAGACGGAAUAAAGAUCACCAUCAAUAAAACUCGUACUAAAGAUUCCAAGCAAGCCGCCAAUUUGAAGUUGUCGUCAUCGGGAUCGAUGGCGGCGACUUCAUCUUCGAGCUCUUUAUCGUCCGUGGCUUCUUCAUCAUCCAGUAACGUAAUUAUCGGCAGUAAUGGUUCGCCAAAGACACAUACAGGUCUUAAACCUGGCGUAAACUCUGGACCGGCAUCGAAGAAGCCACAAACGUUACAGGCUGCACAGAAAAUGCUACCCACGAAGAUGAUGUUGGCCGCCGGUAUGAAAUCCACCAUCUCUUCGGGCACUACGAAUACCGGCAGUGGUGCGGGUAUCACGGCGACUACAACGGGAGGUAUUGGAGGAAACCCGUUAUCGAAGAGUGGUUCAUCUAAAGCUUCCGGUUCACCGAAGACGAGUUCAGGUGUAACUGAUCUGAGUCGUGGUCGAGAUAAGCCUAGGAUUCCGAAAUCCGGCGACAAGGGAAUAUUCGCAUCGAAAGGCCUCGGUGAUGCCAGAAAAUCGAGCCCAUCUGCUCUGCGGGAAGAGAGCGAGAGUGAGCGAGCAUUCAAGCUGCUGGCCGCGCACGCGUCUAUCUCUAGCCUUUCGCCGAGUCUACCGCCUCAGCUAAUGAUGGAAGGCCUAAUGAAGCAGUUGGACACCAAGUUUCAGAUACCGAAACUAUCGGCUCGCGCAAAUGUAGCUGACGCUGAUAAGAAUAAGUCAUCGGAUAAACUGUCGGUACUGUCUGAUUCCAGCAAACAGACCUUGGAUGGUCUGAAACAGGAACAGGGCAAAAUCGCUGGUUUGUCCAAUGUUACCGUGUCUAUAUCCAAAUCAUCGCUGCCGGACGACCAAUCGAGACGGGACCAUUCGCAGAAUAAAUCGGACAAUCUGUCGAUCACAACAUCCGCCACCGGCGCGAUGUCUUUGAAUCUCGUUGGGGAGAACACCGGUUUGAUGCUGCCUCCACAGUCGACUGCCGAUUCUGAUGUACCUACGAAUCUGUGCAUCCAACCGAUGGACAAUGAACCAUCCCGUGAUUCGUGCAAGGAUCUAGGAAUGAGGCAAACAUCCACUGGUCAGCAGUUCCUCGGUAAGAUGGACGACACAAGUGCUGGUGGGAUUCUCUCCAAAAGUAACGUAUCCGAUCAGUUGGCGUCAUCAGGCGCCAAGUCUUACGGUACGAUGACAAGUACGUCGACCGCAUCGAGCGGCGCCAUCGUUACCGAGAGUUUGAAUCUGAGUACCAAGCCUGCUGACCAGGCAGUCCUACAAACCAAAUAUAAUAAGAUCACCGUCGAGGAGAAGAAACAGCAGCAGACGUCAUCGGCAUCGUUAUCGUCAACUUCCUCUACGUCGUCAUCUUCAUCAUCGUCAAUUUUCUCGUCGCUGACUAGUGUCGGGACUUCAUCAGACGGCAAUUCCGUCAUGACGUCCGACAGCGGUAGUGGCGGUGGCAGUGGUGGUGGUGAACAGGAAGUAGCGGCAGCAGCAGCCGCGGCCGCGGCGGAAAUGCUGCUGGACUUCUCUGCGGCGAACAAGGAUUCUUUAACGAAGGGAAGCCAUGGUCUACCAGCAUCCUUAACGCAGCAUCAUUUAACGACGAUUCCGGAGCGGGCGAUGACCCAGGCAGCGCAGACGGUGCGUCGCAAUACACCGCCACCACCGCCGCCUCCACCGCCGCUUCCUGCUCCGUUUCCGCCUGCUGCUAGUCCGUCCGUUAGUGUACACAUCGUCAAAAGUCCAGCACCGAGUCCCCGAGUGAUCCCACCCUCACCCCAUUCGUCCGCGUCACCUUGUAUUACCGAUGACGAACUCAUGGACGAGGCGCUGGUCGGUAUGGGCAAAUGAAGAUUACUAAAACUGUAAGACAAAGAGAGAAUACUCGUUUCUUUCAUGUUCUCCAAUGUUCUAGAUCAGAGAAGAAGUCCCACCGGGAACGGGAAUAUCCGAAUAAAACUCUCUCUGGACUUUUCUCUCAAAAUUGUACAAAUU